ACUAAAACCUUAAAUUCCGUCAGGUAAUUUUAUAGUAUGCGUAUUGAAUGGAACAGCCAAUUAGCAUUCAUGACAUCUGGUGGCUAUGUACCGUACUAACACGUUGUCAUUCUGAAUGAACCAAGGGCACUAAAUUCUCCACAUCUUUCACCGGAAAUUUACAUUAAGCGGCUUGCUAAUCAUCAGUAUAGUAACCGGCAUCUCGUGCCAGUUGACAAAAUGCAGACUGAUAUCACGGGAUUGCCUAUAAAGCAGGGUUUGUACGACCCCAACAACGAGAAAGAUGCCUGCGGAGUUGGUUUUGUUGUUAGUAUUGAUGGAGUCAAGUCACACAAGAUUCUGCGCGACUCGCAGACUAUGUUGGAGCGCAUGCAACAUAGGGGUGCGUGUGGAUGUGACAAUGACACGGGGGAUGGCGCUGGUGUCAUGACAGCUAUACCACAUGAACUUUAUGCCAAAUUCUUAAGGGACAAAUAUGAGCUUGAGCUGCCAGCACCAGGCAGUUAUGCUACUGGUAUCAUCUUUAUGAACAGAGAUACAUUUGACCAGUGUGAGCAGAUCUUUGAGACUGUUGCUAGUGACUGCGGACUAGAGGUUCUGAAAUGGCGAACUGUCCCCACAAACUCUGGUGUGCUAGGACGUGUAGCUCUGGCCAAGGAACCAGUCAUGAGACAGGUGUUUGUGACAGGACCCUAUGAAGGACAAGAAUUGAGAAAACAGGUGUACUUGUUGAGGAAACAAGCUACCCACAUUGUACCUAAACAUGACCUGAGAUUCUACAUCUGCAGUCUGAACACAGAGACAAUUGUCUAUAAGGGUCAGUUGACGACAGAUCAGCUAUGGGGGUACUAUGCCGACCUUGGGGAUCCAACAUUUUUGACACAUAUUGCCCUUGUACACAGUCGGUUCUCCACCAAUACAUUUCCCAGUUGGGAGAGAUCACAUCCUCAUAGGCUUCUGGCCCAUAAUGGAGAGAUCAACACACUUAGAGGAAAUGUGAAUUUGAUGAGUGCAAGGGAGGGUGUCAUGAAGAGUGAAGUGUAUGGGGACCAGCUCAAGAAGAUGUACCCAGUAGUAGAGCCUGAGAUGCCUGACUCUGGCUGUGUGGAUAAUGUACUAGAGUUCCUCUGUAUGGCAGGAGGGAGGACCCUUCCUGAGGCAAUAAUGACUAUGGUACCAGAAGCCUGGCAGAAUGACAAAUAUAUGACACCAGAGAAAAAAGCAUUUUACAGAGCGAAUGCCUUCGCUAUGGAACCCUGGGAUGGACCUGCCUUGUUGACAUUCUCUGAUGGACGAUACAUUGGCGCCAUCUUGGAUCGGAAUGGUUUACGUCCUUCUAGGUAUUACGUAACGGAUGACAACAUCAUGUAUUGUGCUAGUGAGGUUGGAGUCACAGACUUGGAGCAUGGAAAGGUUAACCAAAAGGGACGAUUAAGACCUGGUCGUAUGCUGCUAGUUGACACAGUGAAACAAUCAUUCACAAAAGACAAUGACAUCAAACAUGAACUUGCGACUCAAAGACCUUAUGCUGAUUGGUUAAAUGAGACAAUUAAACUAGACCAGCUAUACAAGGCGCACAACCCAUUCAUCAGCAAUGAACGUAUAGAGAGUGCCAUUGUAGAGAAAUAUGUCGUUGAGGAAGACAGGAGAUUGCAACUCUACGGCUACACAGUUGAGACCAUUAACUUGCUGGUCCUUCCCAUGGUUAAAACACAGAAGGAAGCACUGGGAUCUAUGGGUAAUGACGCCCCUCUUGCUUGUCUGUCUGGGUACAAUCCUCUUGUGUAUGACUACUUCAAGCAGCUGUUUGCCCAGGUCACCAACCCACCCAUUGAUCCAUUCAGGGAGAAAAUAGUCAUGUCAUUGGCAUGCCCCGUUGGCCCAGAAACCAACAUUCUCGAGCCAACUCUUGAGCAAUGCCGUCGGCUGUGGCUCCAUCAGCCCAUCCUUUCACUCAAAGAUCUUGACGUAAUCAAAUCCACCACAUAUAAAGGCUGGAAGACUUUUGUCAUUGAUACUGUAUAUCGCAUUGAGGAUGACCAAAAUGGUUUGCUCCCAGCGCUUGAUAGGAUCUGCCAUGAGGCGGCUAAUGCAGCACAGCAGGGGUACACGCUUAUUACACUUUCCGAUAGAAAAGCUGGACCUGAUUUUGUACCGAUAAGUUCUUUGUUAGCACUGGGUGCUGUGCAUCAUUACCUGAUCAGAGAGAAGCUCAGGAUGAAGGUUGGCCUCAUAGUGGAGACUGGAGAAGCAAGGGAAGUCCAUCAAUUCUGUGUUUUGGUUGGAUAUGGUUGUGAUGCCAUAUGUCCAUAUAUGGUUUUUGAAACCAUGGCAAAGUUACGUCAACAGGGUGUAUUAGAGCCAACACUCACUGAUGAUGUCAUAUUUGAGAACUACGUUGCGGCUGUUGAAAGAGGCAUCUCUAAAGUCAUGGCUAAGAUGGGAAUAUCAACCUUGCAUAGUUACAAGGGAGCUCAGAUAUUUGAGGCAGUAGGACUAAGUCAAGAUGUCAUUGAUAAAUGCUUUGCUGGCACAGCAUCUAGACUAGGUGGCGCCACGUUUGAGAUUCUAGCUCAAGAGGCUUUGGCACGUCAUUUCUUUGCCUACACAAAGCGCCAGGGAGAUUUCAACGCCAACAACCCAGGCUUCUUCCAUUGGAGAGCUGGUGGAGAGGAACAUAUGAAUGACCCCCUCUCAGUGGCAAAUCUACAGGAUGCAGCUAGAAACAAGAACAAGAAUGCUUAUGAGAAGUUUACAGAGUCCGCUCUGAAGAGUUCCCGUCAAUGUACUCUUAGAGGACAGUUCGACUUUGUCGGUUCAGAGACCCCCUUGGAUAUAGCAGAGGUAGAGCCAGCCUCAAAUAUUGUGAAGAGAUUCUGUACAGGUGCCAUGAGCUUUGGUAGUAUAUCCCUUGAGGCACACACAACCCUGGCUAAAGCUAUGAACAAAGCUGGGGGAAAGUCCAAUACUGGAGAGGGUGGAGAGGAUCCCAAUAGAUACCUGAACACAGAAGGAGAAUAUAGUGAACGGUCAGCAAUCAAACAGGUUGCUUCUGGUAGGUUUGGAGUGACAAGUACUUAUUUGGCAAAUUCAGAUGAGAUACAAAUAAAGAUGGCGCAAGGAGCUAAGCCAGGAGAAGGAGGUGAACUCCCAGGAUACAAGGUUUCCAAGGAGAUUGCAAAGACCCGUCAUUCUGUUCCUGGGGUAGGAUUGAUCAGUCCCCCUCCCCAUCAUGACAUCUACUCCAUCGAGGAUCUGGCUGAGCUGAUCUAUGAUCUGAAAUCUGCCAACCCUAAAGCUCGCAUCAGUGUCAAGUUGGUGUCUGAGAUUGGAGUGGGUACUGUGGCAUCAGGCGUUGCAAAGGGCAAAGCAGAGCAUAUCACCAUCUCAGGACAUGAUGGUGGUACUGGUGCGAGCAGCUGGACAGGAAUCAAACACGCUGGAUUACCAUGGGAGUUAGGAAUUGCAGAGACGCAUCAGACACUGGUACUGAAUGACCUGCGUUCUAGGGUCGUCCUACAGGCUGAUGGCCAGAUACGUACUGGCCAUGAUGUUGUGGUAGCUGCACUUCUGGGGGCAGAUGAGUUUGGAUUCUCCACUGCUCCUUUGAUUGUCAUGGGAUGUACAAUGAUGAGGAAGUGUCAUCUGAACACAUGCCCUGUUGGCAUAGCAACACAGGACCCAGUCUUAAGGAAGAAAUUUGAUGGUUCCCCAGAGCAUGUUAUCAACUAUCUGUUUAUGCUGGCAGAAGAAGUCCGUGGAUAUAUGGCUAAAAUGGGCUUUAGGACAUUCCAAGAAAUGAUUGGAAAAACAAACAAACUAAGGGUUGCUAAGGAGCAUCUGAACUUCAAAGGAAAACUGUUAGACUUUGAUCCUAUAUUGAAGAAUGCGCUGACUUUAAGGCCAGGCAUUAAUACAGUUGGUGGAAGUGUAAAACAAGACUUUGAAUUCAAGAAAAGAAUUGAUCUUGAUCUGAUUGAAAAGUGCCAAGGGGUCUUAAAUGGGACGUCACCCUCCAUAGACAUAGUGAGGAAGAUCACCAAUGAGGACAGAACUUUUGGGGCAACUUUAAGUUACCAUGUCUCAAAGUUACAUGGAGAGAAAGGUCUACCACCAAACAGCAUUAACAUUAGACUGAGGGGGUCUGCUGGGCAAAGUUUCUGUGCUUUCCUAGCCAAAGGAAUACAUGUAGAGCUAGAAGGAGAUUCAAAUGACUAUGUUGCCAAAGGUCUCUCAGGAGGUGAGGUGACGAUCUAUCCUCCCAAAGAUCUUCCCCAGGAUUUCAAGUCAGAGGACAACAUCCUCGUCGGUAAUGUCUGUCUGUAUGGGGCUACCCAGGGCAAGGCCUUAUUCAGGGGUGUCACAGCUGAGAGAUUCUGUGUGCGUAACUCUGGAGCCAUUGCAGUAUGUGAGGGAGUUGGUGACCAUGGUUGCGAGUACAUGACAGGUGGGCGUGUCAUCGUACUUGGAGAAACAGGACGUAACUUUGCUGCAGGAAUGUCAGGCGGAAUAGCUUAUGUCUUGAACAGCUGCAAGCUGUUUGAGACUCGCUGCAACAUGGCUAUGGUUGACUUAGAGGCUCUAGACCUUGCAGAUGAUAUGGACUUUGUCAAGACAACCAUUCAAGAGUUUGUUGAUAAAACUGGAUCUGAAGUAGGCGAGAGAGUCUUGAAAGAUUGGCCAGAGUCUGCUAAAUCUUUCGUUAAAGUGUUCCCCAAGGAGUAUCGUAGAGCCUUAGAGGAAAAAGCCAAAGAAGAAGAAGCUGAGGCCGAGGCAAAGAGGAUUGCUGACAUUAAUGGUCACAUUAAUGGUGAAGCUAAUGGAGAUGUGGACCUUGAAAAUGAAAAUUAUGGACAUGGAGGUGAUGAUUUACAACAGCAUGAACGACUACAGGAGAAACCAAAGCAUCAAACUGAUGGAUUGACAUCCAAGAAUGCUGCUGUGGUAGAUAUUGAGGAGACCAUUCCUGAUGUUGUCAUAGAGAACAGGAAGAUUGAAAAGUUGGAUAAAAUCAGGGGGUUCAUAAAGUAUGAGAGGGGAACAGGUCAGUACAGAGAUGCUAAAAAACGUAUGGACGAUUGGGGAGAAAUAUACAACCACAAAGGUGUCAAGAAGAAUCUGAAAACACAGGCUGCUAGAUGCAUGGAGUGUGGAGUUCCAUUCUGCCAGUCCAACCAUGGGUGUCCACUGGGCAAUAUCAUACCACGCUUCAAUGACCUGGUCUUCAAUGAUGAUUGGAAGCAAGCCCUGGAGGUUCUCUCCCAAACCAACAACUUCCCAGAAUUCACAGGCAGAGCUUGUCCCGCCCCAUGUGAGGGAGCAUGUGUGCUGGGAAUCCACUCUCCCGCUGUUACAAUAAAGAAUAUAGAGAAUGCCAUAAUAGACCAUGCCUGGGAUAUGGGCUGGAUGAAACCCCACCCUCCUCCACAAAGGACGGGGAAACGUAUUGCAGUCAUUGGCUCCGGACCCUCGGGGCUGGCAUGUGCAGCACAGCUAAACAAGGCUGGCCAUUGGGUGACCGUCUAUGAGAGAAAUGACAACAUAGGAGGACUACUCAGAUAUGGCAUUCCAACAAUGAAACUAGGCAAAGAUGUGGUCCAAAGACGGGUUGACCUGAUGGCAGCUGAGGGGAUUGAAUUCAAGACUAAUGUGGAUGUAGGGAAGGACAUUAAGGCCAAAGACCUGGUGAAUAACAAUGAUGCAGUUUGUCUGUGUAUGGGAGCAACUUGGCCAAGGGAUCUCCCUAUACCUGGACGCAACUUGAAGAAUAUCCACUUCGCAAUGAGCUUCCUAACAAACUGGCAAAAGAAACAUGCUGGGAACGAGGGAAUUGACUAUUUGAAGACACACGCUAAAGAUAAGGAUGUUGUGAUCAUAGGUGGAGGCGAUACUGGCUGUGAUUGCAUAGCAACGUCAUUAAGACAAGGUGCAAAGAGCAUCACAUCAUUUGAGAUUCUCUCCAAGCCCCCUCCCAACCGAGUUGCAGGCAACCCCUGGCCUACUUGGCCCAAGAUCUGGAGAGUAGAUUAUGGACAUGAGGAGGUCAAGGUCAAGUGGGGUCGUGACCCACGACACUUUGAUAUCAUGAGCAAGGAGUUCCUAGAUGAUGGCAAUGGAAAUGUAAGUGGUGUCAAAACUGUCAAAGUUGAGUGGACCAAAGAUGACACCGGACGCUGGCAGAUGAAGGAGGUUGAAGGUUCAGAGCAUGUAUUCAAAGCUGACAUCAUUAUGCUCGCCAUGGGCUUCCUAGGACCGGAGAGCUAUAUUAUUAAAGAGCUAGAACUAGACCAAGACCCCAGGUCUAACAUUGCAACGUCCAAUGGAAAAUAUAGCACGAGUGUACCUAAAGUAUACACAGCAGGAGAUUGUCAUCGAGGUCAGUCUCUGGUUGUCCAUGCAAUCAACGAGGGCCGUCAAGCUGCCAGACAGGUUGACCUUGACCUUAUGGGCAAAACAGCUCUUGCUGGGCCUGGUGGCGUGUUACAUGCGAGAUCUUAAACUAAUCAACAAGACAUUCAAACACAUACGCACAUAUUGAAGCUAUGGAUAUAAAUGUUAGAAUGUGUUAUAAACUGAACAUUACAUCAACUAGUUGGAGAUUGAACUUUCUAAAGACUUCCACAAAACGAGGGUCUCUUUUCUCUGUAAGAUCUUGACUUUCUUGUCUUCACUCUUUAAAAAUCCAAACAUUUUCAAAUCAAGCCAUUAUCCAAUCUGAAUAUGUUUUUCAGAAAGUCAAGACACUACCUUUUCCACCGAUAACAUUCAUUUAAUCAUUUUACAUUCAAACUACCAUAAAGGACCCUUGAAUGAUGCAUUUUUGAUCAUUAAGAUCUCAGUAUGGAAGCUGUAAAAUCAUCUGGAAUACUCAGAGGGGAGUGUGGAUGGUGAUGAUGGGACUCAGGGUUGGGAAUUUAUGCGUGUAAACAUUCAAAUUGUUAACGCACAUAACAUUUAAGGACCAUAUACAGGUGGACUGUAAGUUCUAGAUAAGGACCAUUUAUUGGUGGACUAUAAGUACUAGAUAAGGACCAUAUACUGGUGGACUGUAAGUAAGAUUGUAGAUAAGGUUGGCAUCAGGUCUUGUUGCCAUGCCAACACAGUGAAAUAGGGUUUAAUCAGUUCAUUAGCUUUAAUUGUGCAUUUUGUGCCAUGUUAUGUGAAUAUAGUGGUUUAGAAAUACUGCCAAAUUGUAAGAUGUAAUAAGUUAAUCAUGAAGAAGAUUGUUGUAUUGUACAUGAUAUUGCUUUUACAUGAGUUGAUAAAUUGUAAAUGCACAUGUAUAAGCAAUCAUGUACAUUACAUUAUAUUUGAGAGGAUUGAAAGAUGGGGAAAAUGGGAGAGAUGAUGAAAACCAGAGAAGUAUUAUUGAAGCACAGAAACUAGGAGUAUUAUACUGUUAACAAUGGCAUAGUUGAUGUCUCUCUGUAUCUAUGUAAAUUAAGAGUUGUACAUUAUAUAAAAAGUAUUUAUUGUAUAUUGGGUAGUAGUCUUGUGGCCAUUAUUGAUUGUUGCUUUGCUUUUUAUUUGAUUGCUUGUACUAUUGGCCUUACUGAAUGAUUAAGGAAUAGUUUGUACAACUGGCUAAAAGCACAGCUGAAUGCAUGUGCAGCUGCAUACAUGUUCAGCUAAAUACAUAUACAGCUGAUAACUUGUUCAGCUGCACAUAUGUAUAGUUGAAUACAUAUGCAGCUAAUAAUGUGUACAGCUGCACAUGUGUACAGCUAAAUACAUAUACA